AUGAAGAGGCGCCUGUUAUCUCUGGAGAUUCUCCUCAUCGUCGUUUCGUCACUUCUGCUCAUCUGUUGCAUUGGCCUGGCCGUGGUCUCAUCGCUGAGCCUGAAGCCCAAAGGCGCCACCAAGCCCGUGCAGCUGAUGGGACGGAUGGCGAUCGUGGAGGGAGCCGUGUUCUCCGAAGAGUUGAAGAACUCCAGCAGCCCGCAGUUCAAAUCUCUGGCCUACGACGUGCAGCAGCUGGUGUCUGAGGCGUUCAGCACCAGCGAGCUCCAGCAGCUGUAUGAGUCGUGUUGGAUUCAGGACUUCAGUCGGGGCAGCGUGGUCGUGACCUUCUCCCUCCGGUUCAGUCAGCUGAUUGAUGUGAAGGAGGCGGAGCAGCAGCUGGGGGCAGGGCUUCAGGGGAUCGAAGGUGGAGUUUUGGUUAUCGACACAAAGAGUAUCAGCAUCACAGAAAUAACGGCAUCUGAAACAACAUCUGCAUCUGGAACAACAUCUGCAGCAACAACAUCUGCAGCUAUAACUGCAUCUCGAACAUCUGGAACAACAGCCUCUGCAGGGACCAGCAUCAACCCUACAGGAGGAACGUGUGGCCCUUAUCAAACUUCCUGUGCUGAUGAGAUGACGUGUAUUCUGACUAGUCAGCUAUGUGAUGGAGUGGACGACUGUCCUGAUGCCUCUGAUGAAACUGAUGCUCUCUGUGCAACAGCAUGUGACGGACAGUUUGUGCUGAGGGGCCCGAGCGGGUUGUUCAGUUCAUCAAAGGCAGACAAAUACAACAGCAGCAGCUUCUGUCGCUGGAUCAUCAGGGUUGAUGACGGACUUUCAGUUCAGGUUACCUUCCCUCAUUUUGAAACUGAAGAAAACAGCGACACUCUGAGGCUUUAUGAAGGUGUGGGACCAAACAAAGUCUUCACAGCUCAGUUCUCAGGCUCCACCUCUCCUGGAAAUGUGUGGCUGCUGACCGACCAAUCAACUGUGGAGUUCACCUCUGAUGAUAUCAACAAUCUGUCAGGGUUCAUAGCCACGUACAGUGCAGCCAACAUUUCCACGCUGUCAAACGAGGAGAAGCUCACCUGCAACUUCGAGCAGGGCAUGUGUUUCUGGAGGCAGCAGCAAGAUGAUAACGGGGACUGGUUUCGAAUCAGAGGCCCCACUUUUCCGACUUUAACUGGCCCAAGUGUCGACCACACGCUGGGUAACAGCUCAGGUUUCUACAUUGUCACUUCUAAGAGUCCUGGCCAAUGGGAGAAGAGCUUCAGGCUCGACAGCCUUCCUCUGACUCCAUCCAUGCAGCCCAUGUGUCUGAGCUUCUGGUACCACAUGUUUGGACAGGAUGUUCACCAGCUCAGAGUCCGGCUGCUGAUGGAAUCUGAUGUUACCAUAUUCCAGAAAGAUGGUGACUAUGGCGACACCUGGAACUAUGGCCAGGUGACCCUUAACCUGACAUCAGAGGCUAUGGUGGCGUUUGAAGCUCUGAAGAAAGGAGGGAUGUUGAAUGACAUUGCUUUGGAUGACAUCACACUGACCUCUGAUGCCUGUGGGCCCGCCCCCCCUGAACCCACCAAUGUACCACCUCCAACAACCACAUCCCCCAUACCAGCUGACUGUGGAGGCCCGUUUGACCUCUGGGAGCCAAACUCUACAUUCAACACACCAAACUACCCAGAAUCCUAUGGGAAUGGGGCAGAGUGUCUGUGGACUCUGCAUGCUGGGGAAGGUCACAAUAUUCAGCUCCACUUCCUGGACUUUGACAUUGAAGCAUCCAGUGAUAUGGUGGAAGUCCGGGAUGGGGCGGGGCCUAACUCCACCUUACUGGCUGUUCUCACAGGAAAUGGCCCCACCCAUGACUUCUUCUCAACAGCCAAUCAAGUUACAGUGUGGUUCUAUACAGACAGUUCAGUUUCUGGGAAAGGAUUCAGAGCCAACUUCACCUCUGGGGUCAACCUGGGGUCACCAGCUCCGUGUGCUGAUGGUCAGUUCCAGUGUCAGACAGGAAGUUGCAUCCAUGGUAACAAUCAGUGUGAUGGUGUGGUCGACUGUCCCGACAGCUCUGAUGAAGCCAAAUGUGUUAUGUUGCAGGUAAAUGGUUCCAGUCGGCUUCAGGUUCAAAUUGUCUCUUCUCUGUUCACGGUGUGCACUGACACCUGGAGCUCUCAACUGUCUAACUUCACCUGUCAGUACCUCGGAUACAGGUCCGGGAAGGCCUCGUUCCUGCCGGCUCAGCCACAAGACUCGCCGUUUGCUCUCAUCACAAUCAGCAAUGAUGGGACACUGAAAACCAACAUCAGUGAAACUUGCCACAGAGAGGAAGUGAUGUCACUGGCCUGUAAUAACCAGCCGUGUGGAGUCCGUCAGGUCACAAAUGUCUCAAGGGAGGCAGACCAAUCAGAGCACAGGACACCUGGUGAUGAAGGUGCUGGCCGAGUGGUGGGCGGGGUUAAUGCUGAGGAGGGUGCAUGGCCGUGGAUAGUGUCUCUUCAGUGGAAGGGACGUCAUGCCUGUGGAGCCUCAGUGAUUGGCAGUGACUGGCUGCUGACUGCGGCUCACUGCGUUUAUGGGAAGAACGUUGACCUCCAAUCAUGGUCGGCGGUUCUCGGUCUUCAUGCUCAGAAUGAUCAAACCUCAGAGGCUGUUCAGACCCGACAAGUCGAUCGCAUCAUCUUCAAUGAGCAGUACAACAGACGGACCAAACAGGCCGACAUCGCCAUGAUGCAUCUACAGCAGCCAAUCAACUUCACCCAGUGGGUCCAGCCAGUGUGUUUACCACCUGAAGGUCAGAAUUUCACAGCAGGAAGAAAAUGUUUCAUCGCUGGCUGGGGCCGAAACACUGACGGUAACCAAGCACCAGGUUCUCUCCCCAAUGUUCUCCAGGAAGCCGAGAUUCCACUGGUGGAUCAGGAUCUGUGUCAACAGCAGCUACCCGAGUACACCAUCACCUCCAGCAUGCUCUGUGCCGGAUACCAAGAGGGAGGGGUCGACUCCUGUCAGGGCGACUCUGGUGGUCCUCUGAUGUGUCUGGAUGAUGGAAGCUGGACUCUGAUUGGCGUGACCUCAUUUGGCGCAGGCUGUGGACUUCCUCAGAAACCCGGAGUCUAUGCUCGAGUCUCAGCCUUUGCUUCCUGGGUCGCUCAGACCCGACGUUCCUCCUCUUCAUCACACUUUAAAGAUCCACUGUGACCUUCCACGUGUUCCGAUUAUAAAAGAGUCACAUGACACACUAACAGCUGACUAGAUGGAAACACAUUUCCAAAGAGAAAUCAAUCAAGUUUGAUUGUUUCAAAUAAAGAUCUGAUUAAUCAAGUCUAUGAAAUAAAGAUUUUAUUCUAAAACUUUCAUUAUGGCGUAAUAUCCAACUCUGUCAGCAGGUGGCAGCAGAACACAGUGACCAAAAAGAUGCGUUCAACUUUUUAUGUUUAUCAGUAACAACCAGAACAGAAAUGUGUUGAAUGCAGAGAAAAUAUCAAAUCUGUGAUUCUAAAAUCUCUUCUCUGUUUGUAUCAGUCUAAACAAAAUAAAUGAAAUUCAACAAAUUGAA